AUGCUGGACGGCUUGAAGAUGGAGGAGACUUUGCAGAGCGCCCUGGACCCCGCUGCCCCCUUCUCCUCUCUGCUGGGCAGAGCCGCGACGCCCCGCUCCGUGUGCGAAGGGUGCCAGCGGGUCAUCGCCGACCGCUUCCUCCUGCGCCUCAACGACAGCCUGUGGCACGAGCGCUGCGUGCAGUGCACGUCGUGCAAGGAGCCCCUGCACACCACCUGCUUCUACCGAGACAAGAAGCUCUACUGCAAGCUGGACUAUGAGAAGUUGUUCGCAGUGAAGUGCGCCGGGUGCUUGGAGAGCAUCGCGCCCAGCGAGCUGGUGAUGCGUGCCCAGCAGAGCGUCUACCACCUGCACUGCUUCUGCUGCUGCGUCUGCGAGAGGCGCCUGCAGAAGGGCGACGAGUUUGUGCUGAAGGAAGGGCAGCUGCUCUGUAAGGGCGACUACGAGAAGGAGCGUGAGCUGCUGAGUUUGGUGAGCCCGGCUCUGUCAGAUUCUGGUAAAAGUGACGAUGAAGACAGUGUUUGCAAAAUGGGCCCAGCCUCAACAAAGGGAGCAGAGGAGGGGAAGGACCACAAGCGACCCAAGCGCCCACGCACCAUCCUGACCACGCAACAGCGCAGGGCCUUCAAGGCAUCCUUUGAGGUCUCCUCCAAGCCCUGCAGGAAGGUGCGGGAGACACUGGCAGCCGAGACAGGGCUGAGCGUACGUGUGGUGCAGGUCUGGUUCCAGAACCAGAGAGCAAAGAUGAAGAAACUGGCCAGGAGGCAGCAGCAGCAACAGCAGGACCAGCAGAACACACAGAGAUUGAGCUCAGCCCAGCCAAACAGCAGUGGCCCUGGGGGGCUGGAGGGGCUUAUGAACCCCUACACCGCUCUGCAACCCCCACAGCAGCUCCUGGGCAUGGAGCAGGUCUAUAGCUCCGACCCCUUCCGGCAAGGGCUCACCCCCCCGCAGAUGCCUGGAGACCACAUGCACCCCUAUGGUGCUGAGCCCCUCUUCCAUGAUAUGGACAGCGACGAUACCUCACUGAGCAACCUGGGUGACUGCUUCCUUGCCACGGCAGAUGCGGGGCCACUGCAGACACGGGCAGGGAACCCCAUCGACCACCUGUAUUCCAUGCAGAGCUCUUACUUCACCUCCUGAGCAUGGCAGAGCUCUGCAACGGCACAUUGUCCCAUGACAUUUUGUAGCUCGGGAUGCCCAGGGACCCAACAAAUUUUGGGUUGCAUAGUUUCACGUUUCUCUUAGGAUCCUAGGGUUAGGGGCAGGUUGGGCAGCUGGCGGGUUGGAUUCAGGUUGCCGUGCAGAUGUAGAAGCCUGGAGACGUCUCCCCAGGAUGUGGGGCUGGGUGUACGUGUGUGGCACGCGUGUGUGCAGAGCCGUGCGGCUGUGUGCGGGGAUGUCCCGCCAGAUUGUAUCCACAAAGUUUAUUCCUAAGUCUAUCAGAAAUUUACUGUACAGUGAAAGUAACUUUAUUUUCAGCGUGAACCAUAUUUAAGGAAAUACUCAAUGCACUUAAGUUAUAAGAUGAAAUAAUUUACUUUUUAUAAACGUUAUGUUUAGGUUGCAAAAGCCCAGCGGCAGGGAAGGAACACCUGUUUGUUUCAGGAGGUAGGUCUGGGUUUUGGGGUUGGUUCUUUUCGGUACUCUCAGGUUACCCCACUUGUUUUGAGGUGAAUUCUGCAGCAGAUUCCUCACCAGAAGGGUGGUGGGGACAGCAAGGUGAUGGCAUCCUGUCCCUGCCACUCAGUGUGGCUGGUGCUUGGUGCUGGAGCUGGAGACAUCCCCACCUCUCUCCUCCAGCACAGACCCAUCCCAUACCCAGAGGUGGGUGAUGGGGUGGUGUGGAGUGAUGUCCUGGCUCCGGGAGGCACCAGCCCAUGCUGCCAGGAGGAAGGAGCCUUGCAUCUCCCACCCUAUGCACAGGUCCAUCUCUGCAAGUUCUCCAGGUCGAGCUUUCAGCCGACCAUCGCCUCAUCCCCGUCUCGUUUUCAUGCGUUGUGUCCCUUUGUGCUGCUGUUCCCAAACAAUAUAAAGACAUGCAAUGAAUAGCUGCGAGGCUCAGAACACUGGUUGAUUGGCACAGCUUGAUUUGACACUGAAUGUAGCAGGGUCUGGA